GGGGUUGGGGAGCCCCGGCCGGCGCGCGGCCCCUUUGUCCGGGGGGGCGCCCCGUUCAUGCCGCCGCCCCCCGCGAGCCGCGGGCCCGGCCGCGCCGAGCAGCAGGUCCAGCUCUAGCCCAGCCCAGUCCCCCACCUCCGGAGGAUGAACCAGCCCCAGAGGAUGGCGCCCGUGGGCACUGACAAGGAGCUAAGUGACCUGCUGGACUUCAGCAUGAUGUUCCCGCUGCCUGUGCCCAAUGGGAAGGGCCGGCCUGCGCCUCUGGCCACUGGCCAGUUUGGAGGUUCAGCUCUGGAAGACCGGCCCAGCUCGGGCUCCUGGGGCCCCGGGGAGCAGAAUAAUGCCUCAUUUGACACCAGCCGGGCUUAUGGGGCCAGUGCCCACUUCAGCGAACCCCCGAACGGCCUCCCUGCAUCCACCUUCGUGGGUUCUGGGCUUGGCGGCAAGGGCGGCGAGCGGGGCUCAUACCCCACCUUCGGGAGAGAUGCCAGUGUCGGAGGUCUGACCCAGGCCGGCUUCCUGCCCAGCGAACUGACCCUCAGCAGUCCCAGCCCCCUGUCCCCCUCGGCCGUCAAGGGCGGGUCCCAGUAUUACCCCUCCUACCCCCGCCGGAGAGCCGCGGACACUGGCCUGGACGCACAGCCUAAGAAGGUCCGGAAGGUGCCACCCGGCCUCCCAUCCUCGGUGUACCCAUCCAGCUCAGGUGAGGACUACAGCAGAGACCCCACGUACCCCCCCAGCAAGACCCCCAGCAGCACCUACCCCACCCCCUUCUACAUGCCAGACGGCAGCCUGCACCCUUCAGCAGAACUCUGGAGCCCCCAGGGUCAAGCGGGCUUUGGGCCCAUGCUGGGCGGCGCAUCCUCACCCCUGCCCCUGUCUGCGGGCAGCGGCAGCUUUGGGGGUCUGCAGCAACACGAGCGCAUGGGCUUCCCACUGCACGGAGCCGAGGUGAGCGGGGCUCUGCCAGCCGUGUCAUCCUUCUCCGGCCCCCCCACUUACAGCGGCCACACGCCCCCUGUGAGCGUCAGCGGAACAGACAGCCUUCUGGGCUCCCGUGGCUCCACUGCCGGCAGCUCUGGAGAUGCCUUAGGGAAGGCAUUGGCUUCGAUCUACUCUCCGGAUCACUCGAGCAAUAACUUUUCCUCCAGCCCCCCGACCCCUGUGGGCUCCCCACAGGCCUUGGCAGGAACAUCACAGUGGCCCAGAGCUGGAGCCCCCGGUGCCUUAUCGCCCAGCUAUGAUGGGGGUCUGCAUGGCCUGAGCAAGCUGGAGGACCACUUGGACGAGGCCAUCCAUGUGCUGCGCAGCCACGCUGUGGGCUCCGCGGGGGACCUGCACGGGCUGCUGCCUGGCCACGGACCUCUGGCCUCUGGCUUCCCCGGCCCAGCCCUGCCACUGUCCGGGCGGCACUCGGGCAUGGUCGGAGGAGGAGGUAGCCACUCGGAGGACAGCCUCUCAGGCACUGCCAGCCUCGCGCAUAACCCUGUUCCCCUUCCCAGCCAACCCAGCACCCUCCCUGACCUCACACGACCCCCCGAGUCCUACAGUGGCCUGGGGCGCGCGGCACCAGCGGGUGAGAUCAAGCGGGAGGAGAAGGAGGACGAAGAGAACGGGCUGGCGGAGCACUCGGAGGAGGAGAAAAAGGAGCCCAAGCGGCCCCGCACCAGGUGCCCACGACACCCCGCGCCCGCGCCCCCUGCCCCGAGCCCACCGCAACCCGCCCCCUGCGCCUCACUCUCCGUCUCCCUCUGGCCCGGCCCCCUCCCCCGUAGCCCAGACGAGGAUGAGGACGACCUUGUCCCCCCAGAGCACAAGGCUGAGCGGGAGAAGGAGCGCCGGGUGGCCAAUAACGCCCGGGAGCGGCUGCGGGUCCGCGACAUCAAUGAGGCUUUUAAGGAGCUGGGGCGCAUGUGCCAGCUGCACCUCAACAGUGAGAAGCCUCAGACCAAACUGCUGAUCCUGCACCAGGCCGUGUCGGUCAUCCUCAACCUGGAGCGGCAGGUGCGAGAGCGAAACCUGAACCCCAAGGCCGCCUGCCUGAAGCGCCGCGAGGAGGAGAAGGUGUCCGGCGUGGUCGGGGACCCCCAGAUGGUGCUCUCGGCCGCGCACCCCGGCCUGGGAGAGGCGCACAACCCUGCGGGGCACCUGUGAAGGGCGCCCCCCGCACCAGCGGGACCAGCCACCGGACCUCGGCUCAGGGCCACCCCGCAGCGGAUGGAUGGAUGGACGGACGGACAGACGGACAGGCCGAGUCCCACCCCGACGACGGAUCCUGAGCCCCAAGCUUGCCCGCACCACCGGGCCCCGGCCAGAAAGGAGCGUGGCCUCCUUCAUUUUCUGUUUCUGUUCUUACUACUUUUUAUUUUUGUAAACAAAACAACCAGAAGCUCAACGGGAGAAGAAGAAAUAACAGUUUUCGCCCGGAACAGAGAAGAAGAGAAAAAAAAAAAGAUUAAAUGCCUUAACUCCCGCGCGUGCUCGAGAGCCGGCCCGGCCGCGGAGACCCGCGUAUGCUGGGCGCUCACCAGCAGCACCCGCAAACUUGUGCCUCAGCUGAGUUAUUUUUCUUAAGGAAGACGAGGAAGAAAGUUAGACACAUUUCUUUUUUUAACGUAGCCAAUCUAGCGAGGAUGAUGCCUUCCUUUGCUCUCUCCUUCCCUCUUUUGUUUUUGGAAAGCUUUCUCUGCCAUAUGUUCUGUUUUGUAAGCAACAAAUGUUUUUUGUAGAAAA